ACGGGCUGGGUCGGGGCAGCGGCGGGCGCGCUCGCGCCGGGUGCCGGCCGUUGGGGCCGUUGGGCGACGCGGGGCGAACCGGCGGCCGCGCGUCCCGCCCGAGGGCGGCUCUGGCUGAGGGCGGAGGGGCCGGCGGAGCGCCCGGGGCAGCGGCGGAGGCGGGACGGCGGCGAGGGCCGCUGCCCCUGGGAGAGCCGGCGGAGAUGCUGGCGGGAAACCUGGUGGAGGGGUUCGAGAUGAAGGAGGACGAGCCGUGGUACGACCACCAGGACCUCCAGCAAGAUCUCCAACUUGCUGCUGAGCUUGGGAAGACAUUACUGGAUCGGAACACAGAGUUGGAGGAUUCUCUUCAGCAGAUGUACACAACCAAUCAGGAGCAGUUACAGGAAAUUGAGCACCUGACCAAGCAGGUGGAGCUCCUGCGGCAGAUGAAUGAGCAGCAUGCGAAGGUUUAUGAGCAGCUAGAUGUCACAGCAAGGGAGCUGGAAGAAACAAAUCAAAAGCUUGUUGCUGACAGCAAGGCCUCACAACAGAAAAUUCUGAGUCUGACGGAAACAAUCGAAUGCCUGCAAGCCAACAUCGAUCACCUCCAGAGCCAAGUGGAGGAGCUGAAGUCGUCUGGCCAGGGGAGAAGGAGCCAGGGGAAGCAUGGCCAAAAGUCGGCCCCCAGCUUCGCGGGUCUGAAAGAGCUGUAUGACCUACGCCAACACUUUGUGUAUGACCAUGUGUUUGCAGAAAAGAUCACUUCCUUGCCAAAUCAGCCAAGCCCCGACGAAGAAGAAAACAAGCAUUUGAAGAAGGCCGUGAGGACGCUGCAGGCACAGCUGAGCCUGGAGCGGCAGAGGCGCGUGGCCUUGGAGGAGGAGUACGGGCUCGUGCUGAAGGAGAACAAUGAGCUGGAGCAGCAGCUGGGGGCCACUGGCGCCUACCGGGCCCGGGCGCUGGAGCUGGAGGCUGAGGUGACUGAAAUGCGGCGGGUGCUGCAGUCGGAGCGUCCCUUCAUGAAUGGGGUUGAAAAGCUGGUGCCCGACUCCCUAUUUGUCCCUUUCAAAGAGCCUGGCCAGAGCCUGCUGGAGGAGAUGCUGCUGACGGUGCCCGAGGCCCAGCGCAGGCCCCUCAAGCGCAGCAGCAGUGAGACAGUGCUCAGCAGCUUGGCCGGUGGUGACAUCGUGAAGGGCCAUGAGGAGACCUGCAUCCGGAGGGCCAAGGCUGUGAAGCAGAGGGGUGUGUCCCUGCUGCAGGAAGUGGACACACAGUAUAGCGCCCUGAAGGCCAAGUACGAGGAGCUGCUGAAGAAGUGCCAGCAGCAGGAGGGGGACUCACUGUCCCACAAGGCUGUGCAGACUGCCAGGGCUCCAGUCAGGGACCCAGCUGCCAGGGACCCCCUCGCCGCUGGUGCCCCCGAGCCUGCUGGCUCCCCCACCAGCACACCGCCUCCUGAAUACAAAGCGCUCUUUAAGGAGAUCUUCAGCUGCAUCCAAAAGACGAAGCAGGAGAUUGAUGAGCAGAGAAUGAAAUAUCGUUCUCUCCCCUCCCCUUAAUGGGGCCUCCAGCUCCCCUGCUCAUUUCCUAUCUCCCAUCACCCCUCUCCCACUCAGACAUGUGUUGGUAGACCCCAAAGCCUGAAGCUGCUCACUACUUUGCUUACUCAGCAAGUGUAUAUAUACAGUGAGGAAAGAGGAUGGCUCCUGAUAACAGUUUCCUAACCCGUUUCCCUUUAAGCCCCACAGUAAGUCCCUCCCAUGACAAACUGGCCUCUGGCUGGCACUGACUAGGCUGCCAUUCUUGAGAAGCCCCAGAGCAGUGGGGGCAGAGCUGUCUCCUGGAGAGGUAGUCCUGGAGCUUCCAGAGGAUGUACUGACGUGCACAGUGCCUGCUGCACUGGGAAAGGGCCGGGGAAACUAUUUCACUCUUGUAACCAACUGUUGACUCUUUUUUUCUUCCAACAAACAUCAUUAGGAAAUGUGAUAAGGCGAUCCCUGCUGCCUCCUGGCUUAACUUCUCAACAAUGUGGAAGUCAGCCACCAACCUGAACUGUUCCCAAGCACUGUUGGAUACUGUGAAUUCAUGAAGAAGACCAUUCAGGAGGAAGUAGGGGUCUAAUCCAAAGAACAGUAUUAACAAGUCCUCCACACCUUUGAGUUUCCUUUGCUACCAGUCGAACUGUGACAGGUAAUCCUAACAGAUCUAAAGCACUGAGCACCCUGCAGAAAGGCGAGCUCUGCUUGACCCAAGUUUGCCUGUCAGCCUGCGCUCCAAAGGCCUCCACCCCACGUCCAGGUGUGUUCACGCGAAGCACAGUGUUAGGGUAGCCGAGCACACACCUCUUUCCUUCCUAAAUUCCAACAAAGGGGACAAACCCCUCCUGUGCUGUCUGAGCUGCUGACCUGCCCAAUGGCUACGGCUCCUGUCAGUGGUUGGGCUUGGCUGCAGGAACCCGUCUGCUGCUUUACUGAACAGUGUUGGCAUCAUUCUAACUGUGGAAAUGGAUGACUCCUCGCACUUGCAUACUUUAAUUUAAAACUAUUUAAGAGAACGAAGGUUCUAGUAAUUGUAUAUAUUUUUCUAAAAACCAAAUAAAACUACCUAUGAAAAUG